AUGGAUGAAGCAAAGUUUCUAAAACGAAAAGUUAGAUCUGGUACCUUGGAUGUGCAUCCAACAGAAAAGGCUUUAGUAGUGAAUUAUGAUGUUGAAGCAUUAAUCUUGGGUGAAUUAGGAGAUCCUAUGUUAGGAGAUCGUAAAGAAUGUCAAAAAGUAAUUCGACUCAAAAGUUUAAAUGCAGAUACGAAUGUGUCACUUUUAGCUAAAGAAGUGAUUGAAAAAUGUUCCUUGAUACAUGAAUCAAAGCUUCACGAAGUAGAGCAAUUGAUCUAUUAUCUUCAAAAUCGAAAAACAAGUGAUAUUUGCACAAGCAGUGAUAAUAAUUCUCAACCUUCAAGACCAGCAUCAUCAAAUUCAAUAUCAAAUUCAGAUAAUGGUGAAGUUGAGCGUGCUGUUAUAAGUAAUGUUGAUAAUUAUAUUGAAUUGUUAUAUGAGGAAAUACCAGGAAAAAUUAAAGGUUCAUCACUAAUCUUACAGUUAGCAAGAAUACCUGAUAAUCUUCAUGAAUUAACAAAAAAUGAGUCUUUGUUAAGUGCUUUAGCCAGAGUAUUAAGAGAAGACUGGAGACGUAGCAUAGAAUUAUCUACAAAUAUUGUGUACAUAUUCUUCUGUUUCUCUACAUACAGCCAGUUUCAUAAUAUUGUUCUUGAAUAUAGAAUUGGAUCUCUAUGUAUGGAUAUAAUUGACUUUGAAUUACGUCGAUAUGAUCAAUGGAAAGAAGAUAUGGAAAAACGUAGACGUCAUUUUGAAAAUACAACAGGAUUAACAUUUUUUUCAAGUGGAAAUGAUAACUGCGAUAAGAGAACAAAAAUUGUUGAUGAUAUUUGGAAUACAGAUGGUCCUUUAGAUUAUGAAAUAAAAAAACGAUCUAAUGAAGUGACCCUAACUGUAACUGAAAAUGAUAUAAAGAAAUUGAAGGAAGAACUUGAAAAAAGUCGUAAAAAAUUCAAAAGUUUAACAAAAAAACAAGAACAACUAUUACGAGUUGCAUUUUAUUUAUUAUUAAAUAUUGCUGAAAAUAUGGAAGUUGAAAGAAAAAUGCGCAAAAAAAAUGUAAUUGGUAUGCUUAUCAAAACAUUAGAUAGGACAAAUAUUGAUCUGUUAAUACUUGUUAUUGCAUUUUUAAAAAAGUUAUCUAUAUUCCGCGAGAACAAAGAUCUCAUGGCUGAAGAAAAUAUUAUUGACAAGAUACCAAGACUUCUUCAAAGUAAUAAUGCAGAUCUUGUUCUAAGUACUUUAAAAUUAUUAUUUAAUCUUUCCUUUGAUGCAAAGCUUAGAGCAAAAAUGAUAAGAGUGGGUUUAUUACCAAAGUUAAUUAAAUUACUUGGUCAAAGUGAUAUCAAAAAUAAAACCACAAUUUUGGGUUUAUUGUAUCAUGCUAGUAUGGAUGAUAAAGUAAAAGCUAUGUUUACAAAUACUGAAUGCAUUCAAAUGAUAACAAACAUGAUCUUAAAUUCUGAAGAUGAUCAACCAAAACUAGAAUUAAUAGCACUUGGUAUAAAUUUGGCAAUUAAUGGUAAAAAUGCGCAACUGAUGGUUGAAAAUAAUCGUUUACAAGGGCUUAUAAAAAAAGCAUUUCGAACUCAAGACCCUUUGAUAAUGAAAAUGAUUCGAAAUAUUUCUCAACAUGAUUCAACAAAAGAAAAUUUUGUUGAAUUUGUGGGUGAUUUUGCUAUGGCUUUAAAUCAAUCAGACUCGCAAGAUUUUGUACUUGAAGCUAUAGGUGUACUAGGUAAUUUAGAAUUACCUGACUUAGAUUAUUCACAAAUACUCCAUCGAUGUGAUUUAAUACCAUGGAUACGUAAUAAUCUUGUUCCAGGUAAAGCACCAGAUGAUUUAGUACUAGAAAUUGUUAUAUUUUUGGGUACCGCUGCAUUUGAUGAAGAUUGCGCACGUUUAAUAUGCAAAGCUGAUAUAUUACUAUCGCUAAUCGAACUUCUUAAAGCAAAACAAGAGGAUGAUGAAAUGGUUUUACAAAUAAUUUAUGUUUUCUAUCAAAUAUCUAAACAUGAUUCGACAAGGGAUUAUUUAAUACGCGAGACUGGUAAUGAAGCACCUGGGUAUUUAAUAGAUCUUAUGCAUGAUAAAAAUCCAGCAAUUAGAAAAGUAUGUGAUGCGUGUUUAGAUGUUAUUGCUAUGUGUGAUAAAAAUUGGGCAGCUCGUAUAAAAGUGGAAAAGUUCAGAUCACAUAAUCAACAAUGGCUAGGAAUGGUUGAAUCUAUAACAGAUGAUACAAAUAAUCAUUUAUUACCAGAAGAAGAUGAUAGCCUUUCACCAUUUAUGAAUGGUGAUCUUUUAAAGCAUACAAUGCUUUUUCCUUCUGGUAAUGUUGCGUCAUUUAAUACAGAUGAUCGAUUUUCAAUUAUGAAAAAUUCUUCAGAAUCAUCAGAAAACCAAAGUCGUCCUGUUAGUAGAUAUAAAGAUUUUGAUGAAAUAGGUGAACUUAUGGCACGUUCUAAAUCUCGUAUGUCUGUUGGCUCUGGUAUUGAAGAUCUUUAUUACAAUUCUAAAGUUAAAUUUCCCGAAGCAGAUAGUUCACAUGUAUUAAUAUAAAAGGUAUGAUGCACUAUACACAAUGAAAG